UAGGCGCGCUUAUUUAAGUGUCUUAUAAUCAAUUUUGGCCUUAAAACAUUUUUCGUACCUGUACAGUGUACUAGAUAAAUCUAGAUCUAGGCCUACUCACCUACUAGAUCUAGGUUAUGGUUGACGAAGCCAAGAUCUAGAUCUAGAUCUACUUUUAAAAAAUAUAUAUUCGACUAUUGACGUAGACUUUUUACUUUCUUCUGUACCGGUAUAAGAAAAUUUCGAUUUGUAGAUCUUAAUCCUAGGAAUAUAGAUCUAGACUUGGAUCUAAAUCUAGGAACAAAGAUAAUGAAUAAAUUUACUAUAACACCAGCUCUCAAUCCACCCAUCUUGAAUGCAUACAGCUUACUGUCACCAGAGGCUCAAAAAACUCUAGCAUCAAUUGAAAUAAAGUAUUCAAAUUUAAUGAGAAAUAGUAAUAGUCAAAUAAUAAAUACUCAUGAUUAUUACAAAUCAAUUUAUAAUGCAACAUUUAAAAAGGAUGCAGAGGAAAUGAAAUAUCAAGAUUUCAGCGGUCUAGUGACAUGUAUCAGAGAAACAAGUGCUAAUGACUUUUCUCAAAAUAGGCUUUGGGAAUCAUCUUCUUAUCAGUUACAAGGAAGUAAUAGAUUCAAAACAUGUAACAAAACACAAGUUCCUACUUCAAGCAAGGCAUGCUGGUUUGAAAAUCUGAGCAAAUCUCCUGAUAUGCCAAUCUAUGAAGAAGUUAAUGACAAUGGAACUUCUCCUCAUCAUGAAAAAAUUACUCAUCAUCAGACAGCUUAUCAUAGAACACAUUCACAUUUAGAGUUCCAAAUAGAAAAGCCUCAAUGUCAUGAUUCAGAGGUCUCAGACAUGGUACCAAGUGAAAAGAAAUUGUUUCAUAUGGAGCUAGAAGAUUCUCCAGUUUUAUUUGCAUCACUUACUGAAGAUUCUGAAAAGGUCUUGGAACCUCCUAAAACAGUUGAGCUGGAUGAAUCCCCAUGUGGUAGUAAGGUAUCUACUAAUGAUAACAGUAAUCAAGAAAAAAUAGUGGAAGCAGUAGACUUUGACCUUCAUUGGUCAGAUUUUGAAAUGUCACAAAAAUCACAGACUGCUCCUAUUUCUUGGUCUGAGAAAAAAGAAUUGAAUAACAUCAUAGAGGACCCUUUGGCAGGAAUAAAUGUAUUGGACCUAUCCAGCUCUAGUCAAAACAAUCAAAUCAUUGUUGAUAGUGAAUCUCCCUUAACAAUAACUGGUUCAGCAACUGAACAGCCUACGGCAAAUAUUCAAAAUAAUAAACUAGCUGCUAAAUGUCAAGGCACUAAUAAUGAGCGUCUACAAGUAUCUAAGAGAAAACUUGAUGACAUUGCAACAGAGUUAUCAGAAAACAGAAUAUCUUUAGAGAAUAGUAAAAAAUCUAAGAAAGACUUGACUGUAAAAGAAAUAGGAAGACUGCCUAUAUCAGACAAAGAUUCUACUACAAGAGAUAUAGAAUGCAUAAAAGACAAAGCUGUUAAACGAAGGAAAAAUGAAUUCAAACCUCCUGUUCAAGUCACUAAUAAGAUUUCAUUAAAGGAGCUGACAGUAUCCCAGCCUGAAGUGAUAACUUUUUCAACUUUACAAUCUCAUGACCAAGAAGUGUUAUUAAAUAAACUACAAACAUUCAAAUCUUUAUCACUGACAUACAUAUUCAGAGAGAAUCAGGCACUGAUAAAUACAUUUAACUCAAGUGAUUAUCAUUAUUUUGAGGCUGAUUUUAGUCAGAGUGGGAGAAAUCGUUUGGCUUUGUUACCCAACUCUCAGCCCUUGUCUCUAUGCUAUGUCAUAGAUUGCAAUACAGACAACAAAAAUAUAAUCAAAAAAAUGUUGCUUGCCAUUAUGGGCUCAACAAAAAUCCUGAAAAUCAUUAGCAAUUUAAAGGAAUUUCUUAUAGCUUUACAGAGUUACCUUGAAAUAGAUGAUCCACAAGGCAUUAUUUGUAAGAAUUGUGAAGAUCCUGUCAUUGCUGCCUGGAUGUUAAAUCCUGAAAUCUCCCCAUCAAACAUUUCACAAGUUUAUCAGCCUGCAGGAAUCAAAUUUAAAGAAGGAGACUGGCUUCAGUGUUUGUGUGACAGCAGCCAUCUAAUGCAAACAUUGAGAGAAAAACUAAAUCAGCAAAAACUGUGGAGUGUGUUCUGUUCAAUAGAGAUGAGUCUAACCCCACUACUGGCUCGGAUGGAGAUGUCCUCUUUACAAAUAGACUUGGAUGUUUUGUUUAAAUAUUCAGAUAUCCUGAAAUGCAAAUUAAUCAAAUUAGAAAAGUGCAUUUAUCAAGCAGCAGGCCACAAGUUUUGUUUAAACAGUCAUGUCCAGUUACGUCAGGUUCUUUUUGAAGAGUUAAAGUUGGACCAGAAGCUGCCUGCUACAACAAAGUUAAGUGUAACUAAUGCAUUUCAACUGAGGUCAACCAGUGAAGCAACACUUAAUAUUCUAUCAGCUUUUCACCCUCUACCAUCUAUGAUUCUUGAAUAUCGACAGCUCCAGAAACUCAAAUCUACCUAUAUCGAUGGUAUCAAAGCCUGUGUUGUUGGCAAGACUUUACGAAGCCACUGGAGCCAGACCGCUGCAGCCACUGGUAGAAUUACAUCUUCACGUCCAAACCUCCAGGCUGUACCCAAAGGAGCAAUAACUGUUUCAAAAUAUCAGGAAACUUUUAUAUGUGGCUCCAAUAAAGAGUCCAAUGCAGAACUUCUAGCAAGAGAACCUUAUAUAUGUAAUGCAGGACAUGUUCUGUUAGCUGCUGAUUUCCAACAAAUUGAAUUGAGAAUACUGGCUCAUCUCUCUGAAGACAGUGGAUUGUUGUCUAAAUUUUGGCACACCCAAGCCCAGGACAUUUUCAUUUCUUUGACAUCUGAAUGGUGUGAAAAGCCAAUAGAGGAAGUCACUUCAGAAGAGAGGGAGAGGACAAAGAGAGUUGUUUAUUCCAUUAUCUAUGGAGCAGGCAAAGAAAGAUUGUCAGAAUACCUGAAAGUAUCUCCUGAUGUUGCUAAAGAAAUAAUGAAUGACUUUUUAUCCAGAUUUCCAUCCAUGGAGGUGUUUAUCAAGAAAUGUUGGUCUUACGCCAGAGAUCAUGGUUACACUGAGACUAUCUGUGGCAGAAGGCGUUACUUUCCUCAUAUCAACAGCUCUUCAGCAAACUUGAGAUCUCAAGCUCAGAGACAAGCUGUCAACUUCUGUGUUCAAGGUUCAGCAGCAGAUAUUUGUAAGCUGGCUAUGAUAAAAGUUGAUGAAAGAUUAAAACAGACUCAAAAUAUGAGUUGCAGGCUUCUGAUACAAAUACAUGAUGAACUUGUUUGGGAAGUUCCAGACCAUCAACUGUAUCAUGUAAAAGACGUAAUUCAACAAGUGAUAGAAGACACCAAGACACUGUGUGGUAGUUUCUGUACUCUCCAAGUGCCACUUCCUGUUGUGUUUUCCUCUGGGAAAUCUUGGGCACAUUUACAAAUGAUCAACUCACAGCAGAAUAACUGAGUCAGUCAAACUUCAUUCGUAUGUUUUUGCUCUGUGAUGAACAAUUGUAAGUUUGACAGUUUGUUUUAUCUUAUUACUUUUAUCUUUAUUUUCUGUGUAUUGUAGUUUGAACUAUACCAAAAAUAAUGCAGACUAUCAAGUUAAAUGUAAAUAAUGAUGGAAUAUAAAUGUAAAUAAUGAUGGAAUAUUUCUGUCAUGAAAUAAAAAAAAGUAGAAUUGUAUAGAAAAGCUACUAUACAUGAAAACAUGUUUUUUUGUGUAUAAAUGUUAAAGGGUAUAAUAUUCUUUGCCUAUAAACUCAAAACCCCUGUGUUUGGAAGCCAAGUUGUUUAAAUGCACCGCCUUUGUAAAUUUGACUUCUAAAAUACUCGGUACCUAAAUACUCCACUGUCACAUUUGAGAAAAAAGAAAAGAUGUGUCUAUAAUGUAUAAAUCUAACUAGCUGGUAAUGACCAGCAGCCCGCAGGGCUUAGUUUGGGUAUAACUGAUCUAGUGGAUCUAGAUCUAUGUCAAACAUUUUUUUUUUAUUUUGCCAUGAAAGUAUAGUGAAAAUUUUUUUUUUUAUGUAUGUGAAGUCAGAGGCCACCUGUUUUGAAGAGGUGGUUGAUAGCCAAUGACAGACAAAUGAAAUGAUUUAUUUCGACUCAAAAAAAUGUAUUAUCAGUAGUUCAUAAUGAUUUAUGUUAACUCUAUAAGUAGUUUUGGUAUGUGGGUUUGUUUGGUUCAACUUUGGUCUAUUGUUGUUGAUGUUGAAGAAUAGUACAAUGUGAUACUUUUUAUUAAUCUGUCAGAAUUAAAACCCUAUUUCUUUACAAUUGUUUUUUAUUUCAAUUAUUUGUUAAUUAAUGCUUGUUUGUAUUGUUAAUAUGCAUCAAGUUCAAUAAAAGAGACAAAUCAUU